AUGGAGGGCGCUCUCCUCCACUCCCCUCCUCCUACCGCACCAACACUGACACCAAACACACCAAAUACUGAGGAACGACCACCUAACCUGGAACAGAUACUCGCACCGGGAGCUGAUAUAGACGCGGAUACAACAGAUAUCUCGUUUGAGACGUUGGACACUGGGUCAACGAGUGGUCCGCCGCAAGCAGGUAUCUGGAGCAAAGUCCACUCCGGCCUCACCCACUUCUUCUACACCACCUCCUCCGCCUUCCGAUCCCCCUCCUCCGAUCCCACCACCCUCCUGUCCCGGCUCACCUCCCCCAUGCACCCAACAGGCCCCAUAACCUUCCUCGCCGCCCACACCUACCCCUCCUUCACCGACCCAGCCUUUCUAGACGACUUCAGAAGCAGGCCAUGGAUGACGUACCGGAGCGGGUUUGAAGGGAUCGAGGGCACGGCGUUUACGAGUGAUGUUGGCUGGGGGUGUAUGUUGAGGAGUGGGCAGAUGUUGUUAAGUGGGGUGCUGUUGAGGCAUUUACUCGGAAAAGACUGGAGACUCUCUCAAACCACCACGGACUCUACGACAUCCCACACCCACGCCCGCAUCAUAUCAAUGUUCGCAGAUACACCACUCGCCCCCUUCUCGCUACACAACAUCGCCCUGCUUGGCGCACGGAAGUUUGGAAAGAGUGUUGGGGAGUGGUUUGGGCCUAGUACCAUUUCGCAGUGUCUCAAGGAACUAGUGGAACAGACACCAAACCUUAACCUCACAGUCCACAUUGCGACGGACAACACGUUAUAUACCUCCAGCGUCAUCAGACAGUGCACGAGUGCGGGCGACGACACGACAGGGGACUGGACGCCGGUACUCAUAUUAGUGCCCUUGAUGUUGGGCGUGAGGGAGACAAAUCCGGUUUAUUUUGCGGGGCUGAAGGCGUGUUUUGGAAUCGAGGCCUGUGUCGGUGUUGCCGGGGGCCGACCCAACUCCUCGCUGUUCUUCGUCGGGACGGCAGGGGACAACGUUCUUUAUCUGGACCCACACACCGUCCGUCCCGCUGUCUCCCUCCCUGAUCCAACAGACGAGGACCUAGCGACUUACACACCCCCGCAAAUCCGCACAAUCUCCCUCACCUCCCUCGAUCCCUCCCUCGUGCUCGGAUUCUACUGCCCCACGCCUCAAUCCUUCACCGCCUUCACUUCUGCAUGUCUCGGUUCACAGGUGUCGAGUGGAGGAACGCCGUUGUUUGCGAUCAUGGAGAAAGAGCCGGAGUUCAGGGAUCGGGGGGCGGAUGUGGAUGUUUUAGGGGAUGAUGAUGAUUUUUGA